GUGGAAAUGGCAGAGAUAAAGACUCGCUGGUAUAAAUAUCAGAGACCUGAGGGAGUGGGUGCAUCAGCUCAGACGGGGAGACGCUCAGCCAGCAGAGAGGAAAACCGCCAGGUGAAGGAGCAGGGAAGGAGUAAGCAUUGCACGCAAUGGGAAACACAGCCAGAGGGAUGCUUGCUGUUUUAGUCUGCCUCCUUGGUGCCAGUGUGCCGGGAAUGUCUGCAUACAACAGUGGGGAGUGUUUCUUCAACACUAAAGGAAGCUGUGAGCACAAUGGGCAGAUAUACAGUAUUGGAGAGAGUUGGAUCACCGCUGACUGUUUCCAGUGUAUCUGCAUGGAGCCGUUUGGAGUGGGCUGCUGCGACCACGGGUCUAAGCCAGUGGACUACCCAGACUGGUGUGAAAUCAUCCGCAAACCAGACUCGUGCACCAGUGUUGCUGUGAUGAGAGCCAACCAUAAGCUCCCGUGUCUCUGGGGACGAGGACGCCUCAGACCUGCUGCUGGCCAGCCGUGGAUUUCUGACAACGGUCCUUUAUUUUGAGUCCCGAAAUGCUCAGGCGUUAUUUGUUCUGGGAUAACCUAGCAUAAUUUAUUUUCAGGAUAUUUAUUCUUUGAUGGUGAAUAUAUAAUGUAUUGUCAGUUACGUAAAAACACAUUUAUUUCAGUGUAU